AUGACGCGCGUCGCCGCGAUGUGCGUCAUCGCGCUCGCGGCGUUCGCAUCGUGCAUCGCCGGCGUCGUCGGGGAUUCGCACGCGUCCGCGCCCGCGUGCUCGCGCGAGCGCUCGAGGCGCGCGCGCGCGGUGCUGGACGACUACUUUUACCCCGUCGUCGAUCGGCACGCGGGAUCGUUCGAGGUCCCGCCCGCGUGCCCGUUCCAGCGAUCGAAGGAUAUGUACUUGGAGCAAGAGAAGCACAAAGAGCGCGUCCGACGCACGCAGUGGAAGAGCCUCUACAGCGAGAAGGUGUUCCGAACGGAGUGGCACGUGGACAAGCACAUGGACAACCGGCACGCGGACAAGAUCCCGCCGGGCGCGGACGUGUGCCUCGCGGACUACUGCGCCGUGCUUCGAUGCGACGAGCACCACGCGCAUCGCAACCCGGACGAUCCGUCGCGUUCGGGUUCGCGCGGGGCCCCGAGUCGGAGCAAAGGCGGCGGCGGCGGCGGCGCGGGCGCGAGACGAGCGCGUCGCGAGCGGUGCGACGAGAGCAAGCUCGCGGGCGCGCGGCACUUUUGCGAGACGCUGAUGCACGCGUGCUUCCCUUCGGACGACGACGCGGAGAGCGACGGCGACCGCGGGGGAGGGGCGCGCGGGCACGGCGCCGCGGGGAGACUGCGCGCGUACUUCACCAGGCACCACUGCGAUCAGCUCACGUGCGAUGCGGUCGCGGGGAUGUUCCAGAUCAUGGACGGGCAUCAUCUGAACCGGGAAGGACGCCGCGGCGCGUUCGUCUUCGUCGUCGUGUUUUGCGUCGUCCUCGCCGCGUAUUACGUCGUGGCGUGGAGGCACGCCGUGGGCGGGCGGGCGCGGGGGGAUUUACGGCGCGCGACGGCGAGGAAAGGCGCGUGGGUGAAUGUCGAUAGGAUCACGCGGAGUUGGCCGCUGUGUGUAGUGUUAGGGAAGCGGAGGAAGCGGAAGGCGUACUAG